AGAAAGGGCCGAAAGGGGGAAGGAAGAUAAUAUAUUUUCCGAUCGUUUUUCUUCCUUUUCGCUCUCUCGAUCUCUCGAUCGGCGACUGUGAAUCCGUGAUCGUCACGGUCGAAACCUAGCGAAGAAAAAUGUCUUCUCUUGCAGCUGCCAGAGCAGAUAACUUUUAUUAUCCACCAGAAUGGGAACCAAAAAAGGGUGGUUUGAACAAAUUUCAUGGUCAACAUGCUUUGAGGGAGAGAGCAAGGAAGCUAGACCAAGGCAUUCUUAUUAUAAGGUUCGAGAUGCCUUACAAUAUAUGGUGUGGUGGAUGCAAUUCCAUGAUUGCCAAGGGUGUAAGAUUCAAUGCAGAGAAAAAGCAAGUGGGAAAUUAUUAUUCUACAAAGAUAUGGAGCUUCACAAUGAAGUCAGCAUGCUGUCAGCAUGAAAUAGUCAUACAGACAGACCCAAAGAAUUGUGCAUAUGUGAUUAUUAGUGGAGCCCAGAAGAAGACAGAAGAUUAUGAUGUUGAGGAUGCUGAAACAUUUGCUCUUCCAGCAGAUGAAGACAGAGCCAAGUUGUCAGAUCCUUUCUACCGUCUUGAGCACCAAGAAGAAGACCUGCAAAAGAAGAAGGAAGCCGAGCCGGUGCUAGUUCGCCUGCAGAAAGUGUCUGACAGUAGGCAUUCUGAUGAUUACAAUCUUAACAGAGCCCUCCGUGCUCGUCUUAGGGGCCAGAAGAAGAAAGUCGCUCAGGAAGAAGAGGUUUCAAGAAAGAUGGGUCUAGGAAUCCGACUUCUCCCUUCAUCUUCAGAAGAUGCAGCUGUAGCCUCUGGCAUGAGAUUCUCUUCCAAGUUUGAGAGGAACAGGAAGGAUAAGCGAGCUGCCAUCAAAGCCUCCUCAAUCUUUGGAGAACCAUCUACAUCUAGAAGCAGGAUGUUAGAGCUCGAGUCAAAGAGGAGGAAGUUAAAAGUGAGUUCUGCAUCAGCUUUGUUGGCAGGGAAUAUUAAGCCUUCGUCAUGGACUCAGAGUCGGAGUGGUGGACGAAAAUAGUUUAAUUGCAUUGCUUGAUCUUUUUCCUUCUGCCUAUAUUGUUGUAAUGACUCAUGCAUUUCUGAAAGUAUGGGUGAAAUAUCUGUUUAUGUUGGUUUUCUGGCUUGCUGGAGGUGUAUUUAUGUAUUUGGUUCGUAGUUAGUUUGAGAGGACAGGUUUGAGCGAUAAGAGUUUAGAUUCUGGAUCUUAUAUUGUGCAAAUUCAACGCAUAAAUGGCAUGGGAUAUUGUUUGUAGGGUCUCUACCUCCCAUCUUUAUAAGUAGAAUGAAAAGCAGUGUGCUACAGAAGUUGGAUUUUCUCUAAAAA